AGCGGGGAAGAUGAAACAUACGUCGCUCGUAUGCGAUGGUUAACUCUGGUUUAUAUGGCUGUACACACGCAUUUCCGGCGACGCGCAUUGCGAGGUGCAAGUGGGCGCAAUAUUAAGUGUGGAUAGCCGUAAAAAUGGUACAAAAUAAGGUACUGUAUGGUUGAGAUUAUUAAAGUUUACUAGUGAUGAGUGGCAGAAGCAGAGGCUCUACAGCUAGUGACAAGGCUGAUAUUAGUGCAAGACAUACUAGUACCACGGCGAAUAAUCCACCAAAGACCAGCAACACUAGUGUCACCGCAUCUAGUAGCAAAGUUGCCUCGAAUGCAGAUCAGCCCGGCAGCAUGGGGGCCGAACAGAAGUUUUCAAGCUCCUCGCGGGAGAUGCGGAAUCUGGCCGAGAAGAUGCGACGUGACAAGCUCAAUAAUUACGUGACGGAGCUUGCGGGAAUCGUCCCUCUCGGUUCCGGCGCCAACAAGAGAGUGGACAAGACCUCCGUGCUCCGCCUCGCCGCCAACUACAUCAGGAUGCAUAAGUGCUGUAGGAGGGUUCCUGCUGGUAGUAACUUCUUCAGGCAAAGUUGUCUACAUUACUGAGGCUGUGGAGCAGUUUUUUGGCCAUAGUCAGGUGGAUCUUCUGGGACACAGCAUCUAUAAUGUUAUACAUCCAGAUGACCACGAUAUCUUUCAGCAUCAGCUUCAGGCAAAAGAACAUUCAAGGAGAUCAUUUUUUUGUCGCAUGAUGGAAAAGGCAUUAUCACGGAAUGAUCCAGGUCGUUAUGAGAUCAUUCACAUUGUUGGCCAGAUGAAACCAAUCCCCCAAGCAGAGGUCCCAGUGCCCUCUCCAAGUAUGUCGGCAUCAUCACCUGAGACAGCCAGUACCUCAAGUAAGCAUGGCGAUGAUGACGACAACGAUGAAUCAGAUGGGGAUGUGCAGUCUCUGAAAGUUGCCAACAGAACUGGUACACAUAUGCUAGUCAGUUUUGUGCGGGUGGUAAAGGACCGACCCAUUACAGAGCUCUCCCUGGUUGACUCAACUCAAGAAGAGUACAUUACUAGGCAUGGCACAGAUGGGAAGAUACUCUAUACAGAUCACAGAAUAUCGUUUGUGACGGGUCUAAUGCCAUCAGAAGUUCUUGGUACGUCAGCGUUUAAUUAUAUGCACCAAGAUGACAUGCUGUGGUCAGUGGUGGCACAGAAGCUCAUGCUCACGAGUAGUCAAGGUCAAGGAGUGGUCUCGUACAGACUUAGGUGCAAAGAUGGUACAUAUGUCACCCUAAGAACAAGAGGCUUCUUGGAAUUCAAUAAGCAAAAGGGACAAGUGGAUUCCUUUGUGUGUAUAAAUACAGUUUUAAGUGUGAAAGAUGCCGCGUCAGAGAUCAAGAACCAGCGAAGGAAACUCUUACCAAUGAUAACUUGUCAAGAGUCAGAUGAACAUCUUAAUUCAGUAUCUUCGUCGUUUCCCCCAGAGAUGAUGAUGAUGCUAAAACAGUUGAUUAAUCCAGAUAUAAUUCAAAAGAUGAUUAAUUCUGUAGAACAACCAGAAAUUGAGUCAGAAGGACCUAGUAAAAAUAUGCUUGAUGAAGUUUCCACAUGCUCAAGUUCAGUCAGUUCAAGAAGUUUGCAGUUGGAAGGUGAAUCAGAAAUUAACUGGCAAGGCCCAGGAAACAAGAGGCCAAAACUACAACCUCAUAGUAAUUCCUCCACUAAAUGCUAUAGUGAGGAUUUACAGAAUGUUCAAAUUGACAAAGAUGGAUUUAGCUUUGAGGAAGUUAAGAUAUGCAGCAUUACCAAGAAACAAAAACCAAAUGAAUCUUUUACAGAGGUAUCAACAAAAAAAUUUAGUUUUCAAAGAGAACUUAUAGGUUCAGAUCCUAUGCAAAUUGAUUUUAGCCCUAGAUCUGUUCAUGAGAGCAUACAAAGCAAAAUGAGCAAGCAAGUUGCAACUGCAUUUGCAUCAGGAACAGGAAUGAAUCAGGUAUUACCAGUUGAUAGUAAUCAACAACAAGAUACUGCAAGCCUUCCAUAUCCUUUAAGCCCUCAAGAUAAAGAGUUUGUUGGUAUGGCAUCUACAGGGAAAUUCAUUGACAGUAGAGUUGGUAAUCAUGUUUCUUCAUGGAUGCAGCAAAGUAGUAGAAGUCCAAAUUUACUCUCCCCAGAGUGUUAUCCUCAAAUUGAUGCUGUUAAUCAGCCUGCAAAAAGUCCAAACUCAGGUAGUAAUAUACCAUCCCCGAGAUACAUAGACCAAAAAAUUAUUCCUUCUCCAAGACAAUUUGACCAGAGCAGGAGUGGGAGCACUCCCUCCCCAGGAAGCUGUGAUAUGCCUAUUCCUUUCCAAAGUGCUGGAAUGAGUCAGUCCCCUAAUCCCUGUGACCAAAGAAGUCAGACUUUAUCAACUGGUUCUUAUGAUGAACGAUGCACAAGUUUGCAGUCUCCAAACCCUUGUGUUGGAAGUUUAGCAUCACUUAGUCAGUAUGACCAAAGAGGUGGUAGUUUAUCUUCAUCUGGUCAUUAUGAUGAGAGAGCUGGACACAUGACAUCUCAAGGUGUAUAUGACCAGAGAAGUCAAAGCAAGCCUGUUACUAGCCAGGAUGAUCAGAGAGGGCAGAGUAUGGCUUCUGAUCAGUAUGACCAGAGAGAUGUAAGCUUUCCACCAAGCCAUUAUAUAAAACCUUCGAGUAUGUACCAUCCAAAAAGUUCAAGUAUGCUUUCCCCAGGAACCCAGUGUAUGACUGUUUUACAUCACAGAAAUCACCAGCUUAAAAGUGAAGCCAAUGUCACAUCUGGAGAACAGCUAUUUGAAUCACAAAUCCAAAUGUGUCCUCAGUACAUUCAAACUCCCACCACUAGUUCUGUCCCUUUACAACAACAACCUCAGCAAUAUGGACAAAAGCAGUUUUCAAAACCAAUUCAGGACAUGUCCAGUUCUGACAUGGGACAUUCCAGCUACCUCUCCACAAUGCCAGAAUGCAAUAUACAAACAGGAGUCUUGCAGCAAAACCAGUCAAGAUCAGACCAGCAAACUGCUUCCAUGAACAUGAGUUUUGUUCAGUCAUUUCCGUUCGUAGGGGAGGGAAAUAACAGGUCCUUCAAAGCCUCUCAGGCACCUGCUGGACAAGGGAAUGACAUGGCACUGCAAUAUAGUCCAAAAUUUAAACCAAAUACUACUCCUAAUUUCGAUCCAGCUGUAUCCCUUUUGGGAUCAGACACCUUUGUACCUGUAACACUCAGUAUGAGGAACCAAUCAGAAAGGCAACAUAAACACUCUACCACCCAUUAACUGUAGAGGAAAACUUCUGUGAUAUAUGGAUAAUCUGCAUCCUGAGCCUCCUCUGUGAUAUCACUACAAAAUCCUCUAUGCUGGGCAACGAAUCUGUUUUGAUGGAAAAUGGGUAUGAUGCCUUCAAAAAACAGGUCAUCUCAGAAGAGAAGAGAAGAUAGAUUCACGGAUGUUCACUAAAUUCAAAUUAUAGGUAAAAAUGUUCAUGGUAUAUUUUCAUAAAAAAGAAACUUCAGAGAAUAGUGCUUCUUAUAUGAGGGUCAGUAAUGAGUGAAUGUUUAUUAUGAAUGAAAGUCCUGUAGUGUAUCUAUUUUAGAGUUAUAUACAAACCUGGGUUUAUCAUAUGGUGUUCACAAGCUCACCUUAACAUUCCACUUUUUCAUAAUGUAAAGAUGUAUGCAGUCAUAGAAUUAUAUAACAAGAAAACCUCAUUGUAUUAUAAUGUUACUAGAGUAAUGUUGAUUUUCUUUUGAGCUUCAGAAUGGAAUAUUAAUCUUAUUUCCAACAGAGGCUGAUUAUGAUAUGAAUAUGUACAGUAUCACUUGUUUUUUUUCUGUUCCUUGUGUUUUUGUUGUUGUUUCUUGAUUGAUAUUGAUAUUAACAUUUAUUUCAGGGCUUAGUCAUGAAGAAUUUAUUACAAUCAGUGGACUUGAAUGCAAAACCAUAGAUUCAUCACAUGAAGAUAUUUAAAAUGAUCAUGUUAAUGAUAGAAAGUUCAAUACAUUUACCUCUAAAGUAUAAACAGUUUUCAAGUUCCUUUUAGAUAAUCAAAUGUGGAUCUUCUCUUAAGGUUUGGUAGUAAAAUGGGAUUUAUAGAACCCAAAUUGUUGACAGAAGAAAAUGUAAAUCAUUUCGUUGUUGCCGGGAUUUUUAAAAGAGAUUGGAAGUAAUCUGUUUUAAAAGAAAAUAUUCAUUUGUGAUAUACAGCUCAUACAUAAAGUCCCAAGAGUAUAUUUUAUGCAGAUAUAUAGAAUAUGUUUAUAAGAAAUAUUAGACUAUGUGUAAUGGAAUUUAUAUUUAACAAGUAAAUAAAGUUAAGUAUUUCUGGUACUCCAUAAGUGCAGUGUACAUGGUUUUAUGCUCAAAGACGUUGAAAUUAAAUUGCUUUGUCAGAGAGAGUGCAAAGAGUAUUACUUUUCUUCGAAAAUUAGUGUUCCUCCCAAAACUUAUUUGUGUGAUUUACUGGAUUAGGAGAAAAUGUUUAUCAGUCUUAUUGAUAGUCCAAUGAUAACAUGAGUUUGGAAUCAGUUUCAGUGGAAUUAGAAUAUUUAUAUGCAUGCAUUACAAUUGAGCUUUCAGUUUCAUUAAAUCUCAGAGGUACUCCUUCACACUUCAUGUAUAAGCCAGUUUUUGCUCAAUAUGUCAAGUCUUAAAGAAUGUCUAGUUAAUGUAAGGGAAUUGUUAUAGACUCCCAAGUUUGUUACUAUAUGAUUUAUAAUUUGCCAAAAUAGUAUACUUAUUCAAGAGAAAGAAAUUACAGAAAGAUUCAUGCACAAAAUAUACUUGUUAAAUAUUUGAACAUCACAUGUGACAUUAAUGUGUAUCAUAUUAUUUAUUGUAAUAUUGUUUUUUUUAUUAAUUUAAUCAGAAAAGAAAACAAUAAAUAAAUUUUAAAAAUUAACUAAUUAUACUUACCUGAUGUUAGGAAAUAUCCCAUUUCUCCCCUAUAGUACAAAUAGUAUGAAAGUUCCUCUGGAUGAAAUAUUAAAUUUGCAAAGAGUGGAUGACUCAGAUACACAUGAACACUGACAUAAAAACUGACAUGUACAAACACUAAAAGAUUUCUGCAGAUACACACAUGCACCUGACUAGCACAAGCACACACAUUCACAUUUACACUUGCAUAGACAAUUGAUUUUGUAAGUAAUUAUGAAUUAUUUACUCUUUAGAAAUUUAAUUAUAUAAAAUAUUUGUGCACCUGUGUGCAGUGUAUUUUUUAUUGAUUGUCGGUAUCUUAUUGCAAACCACUUUAAGACUAACAAAUAUAUGUUUAUGAUAUAUAUAUUGUAUGCACUAUAAAUUUGAUUUUCCUCCUGCCGUAUAUUUGCGUAAAUGUAUUAUACUUUUAUGUUGGUCUGUCUGUAUUGGUUGAGCAUUUUUGUAUAUAGCACUCAAGGGGUGGAUUCCAUGAAGAAACAACAGUGGAAACUGUACUCAUCAUAACUUACAACUUUGAAUGACCCCAAAAUUAAACUGGUAUCCAUGAAGCUUGAGUAAAAAAGGGUGUGCAAACAAUUUGAUGGAAUGUCACCCAGGGUGUGAACCAACAGCAGUCACACUCCCAAAAAUAUAUGUUGAUCAUAGGUCUUACGGCCACUGCCAACUAACUGAGGUCUUGCAUUAUUAAUACCGAAAUUAAUAAAAUUUUGGAAAUGAC